AUGAACUCCAAUUCAAACAAUGUUGCUGACGUUUGGGCGACGUCCGGCAUUCCUCAAAAGCAGCAAGCCUUCCUGAAAAGAUAUUUUGAAGUUCUUGAUGCCGAGCCAGAGAAAGGUGCCCAAGAAUGGGCGAAUAGUUUCGCUGAAGGUGGCAGAUUUGUCAAUGGUACUAUGGUUAUCGAAAACUCAAACGGUAUGCCAGACUCCCAGCGGAUAUUGAAGACUUCGCCACUGAUCAACAAUAAGCAAGAUCUCGAACAUGAGCGACACAAAUACUGGAAGGCGUGGCCACAUCUAUAUCAUGUCGUAAAACGUAUCUAUGUGCUUCCAAGAGCCGAGCAUUCCGACUUCGUAGUAAUCGGGAAUUGGGCGAUCAAGCGGCCAGAUGGCUCGACUCUACAGCGUGACACAGCUGCUAGAUUCCACUUAGUCGAUCAGGAAGGUGAUCUCAAGAUCCGUGAAAUGGAAGUGUACGCGGUAGGCGUUCCAAUACCCACCUGGGCCGCUGUUCAGUGA